AUGUGCAUUGGAAACACAGCCGAAUGGGUUUCUUCCUUUCCGGUCGUGCUUCUAGGCAUCCGCACGGCCCUGCAUGCCGAACUCAAUUGUUCCCCCGCCGAAUUAGUCUAUGGCACCACGCUUCGCUUGCCGUCGGAGUUCUACGCUUCCCAAACCACGCCUUCCCCAGGUGACUCGGCAGCCUACCUCGUUAAGCUGCAGCAAGCCUUCCGCUGCCUUCGACCUUCCCCGCCUCGCGAGCGGCACAACCAGUCUCCCUACGUCAGCCCCGACCUCAUGAACUCCUCCCACGUGUUCCUGUGGACCGACGCCGUACGCAGGUCUCUGCAACCGCCAUACACUGGGCCUCAUCCCGUUCUCUCGAGAACCCCCAAGACCUCGAUCAUCAGGGUCAACGGCAGAGAGGAGGCUGUCUCUAACGACAGACUGUAA